UUCUCUAGGUCACUUAAAUGUUGUUGAGUUUUUGCUUAAGAAUGGCGCGGAUAUUAAUUUGAAAACUAGCUACGGAUGGUCACCAAUAAUUGCAGCCGCUGAAGAAGGUUAUGAGCGAAUUGUUGAAGUGCUACUUAAAAACGGAGCAUAUAGGAACGAUCAAAAUAGCGUAGGAGAAACUGCCUUGUAUAUGGCUUCGACUCAAGGCCACUCAAAUGUAGUUGAGCUUUUGCUUAAGAAUGGCGCAGAUAUUAAUUUGAAAGACAAUUACGGAUGGUCACCAAUAAUUGGCGCCGCUCAAGAAGGUCAUGACCGAAUUGUUGAAAUACUGAUCAGAAAUGGUGCCCUUGUAAAUAUCAAGAAUAAGGAAGGAUAUUCACCUUUAAUGUCUGCCGCUAGUGGAGGUCGUGGCCGAAUUGUUGAAUUACUACUUAAAAACGGUGCAAAUGUUAACGAUCAAAAUGACGAUGAAGAAACUGCGUUGUAUUUAGCUUCGAAUAAUGGUCACUCAAAUGUAGUUGAAUUAUUGCUUAAGAAUGGCGCAGAAUGGCGCAGAACUGUGCUUGACCUUGCUGCUAGUAAAGGAAAUUGGAAAAUCGUUGACCUCCUUAAUGCCGUUCGUCGAAUGCGGCCAUCAGAAA